GGGAGAAAGAGAGCGCGUGGAGGUGAUUGCGUCACGUGGGGUCCCAAAAUCUUUGUUCAAAGCCCCGUUUUCUCCUUCAUCCCCUCCCUCCCUCUCCUUAUUUAUACCCUUCUCGCUUCUUCCUCUUCUUCACUGCUUCCCCUCACAUCCUAUACUCUCUCUGCAUUCAUUCAUUUCUUCCCACAUCACACCACUGUGUCUUCCUAUCUCUCUCUGUCUCGGUUUCUGUGAUUCCUUGGGACCUGUGUCUUUCGCCCUCUGUUUCAGGUUGACCCUGAACUGGGAGUUACUCCUCCUUCUCUUACCCAUCCCCUCCAUUUCAUUCAAUUCUCACUUCCUCUCAAUUCAUCCUCUGCAUAUUUUAAAUAUUCACGUUCCGGUUUUCUCUCACCACCAGCUAACAACAAGUCGGGUGCCUUCUUCUUGCCUCCAACAUGGUUGAGAACGGCACCGCCAAAACCCGUCAGGCAUUUCAGGUCUCCAUUGACGUGGCUCCGCAAGGCGGCUCCAAGUGCUUUGACGACGAUGGCCGCCUCAAGCGAACUGGGACUGUUUGGACCGCGAGUGCCCAUAUCAUCACCGCAGUUAUAGGCUCCGGUGUGCUCUCCUUGGCCUGGGCUAUAGCUCAGCUCGGAUGGAUUGCAGGGCCUGCCGUCAUGAUUCUCUUCUCUUUUGUUACUUACUACACCUCCACCCUCCUCGCCGCCUGCUAUCGUUCCGGCGACCCUUUCACUGGCAAGAGAAACUACACUUACAUGGACGCCGUUCGAUCAAACCUCGGCGGCUUUAAGGUCAAGAUUUGUGGGCUGGUUCAAUAUGUGAACCUUUUCGGCGUCGCCAUUGGAUACACUAUUGCAGCUUCCAUAAGCAUGAUGGCAGUCCAAAAGUCUAACUGCAUUCACAAGACUGGGAGCAAAGACGAUUGCAAAAUGAAUGGAGAUGUGUACAUAGUUGCCUUUGGCAUCGCCGAGAUUGUCUUCUCUCAAAUUCCAGACUUCGAUCAGUUAUGGUGGUUAUCCAUUGUAGCUGCUGUCAUGUCCUUCACCUACUCAACCAUUGGGCUCGGCCUCGGCGUUGCUCAAACCAUAGAAAACAAGAGAAUUGGAGGAAGCCUAACAGGGAUAACCGUGGGUGCCGUCGUAGACUCCCAAAUUGUGACAGAGACACAGAAAGUCUGGAGGAGCUUCCAAGCUCUGGGCGACAUAGCCUUCGCCUACUCUUAUUCAAUGAUCCUCAUAGAAAUCCAGGACACAUUGAAAGCUCCACCAUCGGAAGCAAAAACGAUGAAGAAGGCCACUUUUAUCAGCGUUAUCGUGACCUCAUUUUUCUACAUGCUAUGUGGAUGCUUUGGGUAUUCUGCAUUCGGAGACUCAAGCCCAGGAAACCUCCUCACUGGUUUCGGCUUCUACAAACCGUAUUGGCUCCUCGACUUAGCCAAUGUUGCCAUUGUUGUCCACCUCGUCGGUGCUUACCAGGUUUAUUGCCAACCCCUCUUCUCAUUCAUUGAGAAAACAGCAUCAGACAGAUUCCCAGAAAGUGAUUUUGUGAACAAGGACAUUGAGGUUCCGAUCCCUGGUCUCCGAUCACCCUACCAACUCAACUUCUUCCGAUUGGUUUGGAGGACCAUUUUUGUGAUCAUAACCACUGUCAUAUCAAUGCUUCUUCCAUUCUUCGGCGGCGUUGUGGGGCUUCUCGGAGCUCUUGGGUUCUGGCCUCUCACUGUGUAUUUCCCGGUGGAGAUGUACAUAAGCCAGAAGAGAAUACCAAAGUGGAGCACCAAAUGGGUCUGCCUCCACAUGCUCAGUGUUGCUUGCCUCUUCAUUUCUUUAGCAGCCGCUGCUGGUUCUAUUGCCGAUAUUAUCGAUCAACUUAGAAAUUACAAGCCAUUUGCGGUCACCUUAUAAGCUACACAUACAGUGAUCGCCAUAGAUGAGCAUUUCGGACACAAGAGAGAGAAGAUUUCGAUUCUUGUUCAUGUUUAUAUGUGAAACCUAGGAUGGUGAUCUUAAUGUUGGUUUCUUAGCUAGCAGCCUUUCAUAUCCCCAGUCCUCUUGCUUUGUAUUUUCUCUUCUCUUUCAAGCGUCCUCUAGCCGUGUAACUUCGUGCUAUGCACUCCGAUGUGAAAUGCAACAAAUGAAGCAUAAGCUUUCAAAAUCU